CGCUAACCGGUUCCCAAUCUUCAGUUUAAUUUGGGUAGAUUUAAAGGUUGGUCCAAUAUUGGAGAACCGGCCAAAGGUUUGUUCACUCAUGUUAAAUCUUCCUUUUUUUUUAUCACUAUUACUUUCAUAGUUUCAGCCCUGAUAGUCUCCACGAAGUCACUCCACGCUUGAACCCCGUUUCCCUUUUUCAUUCUCCCUUCCAUUGAAUCCUUACCUGAGUUCUCCAUUGAAUCGCCUUCUAACUUUCUCUACUCCAUUGAAGCAGCUUCUCAAGUAAGAAUUUUCCUUUUAAUCACAAAAUAUCAAUUUCACAAUCUAGGGUAUAGUUUCGCACUAUCGGCUGCCCGCUUGCCCUUCCUGCCCUGUUCAGCGUCGAAGAUGAAGGUGUUCGAUGUUGAGGCUCACACACUUUCGCUCUUCCUCUUCGCUGACGUCACCAAUUCAAAAGAACUUUUGGACUUAAUGCAAGCGGGAAACUUGGUGCCAGAAGUUGCUUUUCUUAAUGCAUCUCUUAUUCCUGAUGCCUUCCCUGUUCUAGCAGCUGCCUAUAAGGCUCUACUGUCUAAAGGACGGGAGACUCUCACGACAAGAACACUUCAUUCUGAGCUAGUUUACAAUUAUUCAGGAUCUAAACAUAUUACGGAAUCUUUAAAAAGGUGUGGCAUUUCUGAUAGUUGUACCUAUAUCCUUGCUGCAUGUUUUGAUGCUUCAGCAAAUGAGGUAAAAGCCAUUCAAGACAUUGUCAAGGGAAAGGAGAUCGAUUUGGAGGAGUUAGCAGGAAGAGCAAAUCAAAGCCAGAUUCUAAAGCAUUACAAAAUUUCCAGCUUGGAAUUGGGAUUAGGCUCUCUCGGGGAUGCCAUUACGUGUCGAAUUGCUGCUCGUGAUGCUUUAUGAUGAAAGGGACUUCUUAAACAGUUUUCAUUUUGUGUUAAAUUACGAAUUACGCGAGUAUGUUGUACAUUACUUUAGUUUAAAUUUUGACAUUUUGUUGAUGAAGAUUUCGUAUUUAUGGUCAAUGAAUGUAUUGUCCACCAAUUUUGUGCGCUUAGUCUAUAUGAGCGAGCUUUUUGUC